AUGGCGUCCAACACCACCACAACUCCUACUGUUUCCAUUCCUUUGACCGUGACAGCAUCAAUGGAGACAGUGACUGCAGAUACAACUGCUCAAAUCUUCACAAUUGUACAGCUAAUUUAUGGAAUCCCUUCGGCUGGUCUACUUAUUUUCUUUUUCUUUUUCCUCUUUGGAAAAAAGUACUCAAACUCUUUCUACCGGCUGGUGCAGUUUGAUUUGUUGGUGAAUUUUCUCACUUACAUAAAUUCCUGGUUUGCUGUUCGCAUCGACCGCCACCCUAUUGCCAUCCCAGCCCUGAAAGCUCUAACGUAUGCAUUUCCUGGUUUUCUGACGUGGACACGAUAUUUUGCUUACUUUUUCAUGCACAUGCAGUUUCUGUCUGCAAUUGUGUUGAGUUUUCAUCGAAUCUCGUCAGUUUUUCUUCAUUCACAGUAUAACAAGCUAUGGAAUUGGGGACUUGUCCCUUUCUGCAUUCUCUGCAUAAUCUAUUGCUCUGCGUGUAACUUGCUCAUUCCUGGAUUCAUGACAGAAGUCUACAUUUACAAUGGAACCCUCACGAAGAAGAUGUUUUUCUCGGUGAUUGGGGUAGCUCUCAAUUUGACUGGAAUAUUUUCGGCCAUAUAUUUUAUUCUUCUUGUUUUUGUCGGACUGGCAACAUCACACUUAGUGACGAGGAAAAUUCAAGCCGCCAGUUUCUCUAAUGGAGGAAUCGGCAAAAAACUUACGAAAAUUGCUGGAACGUACGGUAUCAUCUACAGCGGAAUUCUGAUUUGGAGUUGUGUCAGCGCUCUUAACGCAAAUUUCAAAUUUUUGCCAACUAUCGUCUCACAGAUUAGUUCCAAUUUGUUGCCUUUUGCUUCUGAUAUGAUGACUCUUGCUCUGCCAUAUAUUCUCUUUAUACAUGAUACAAAUGUGAAACAAGAUCUCUGGAGAAGGAAAACUGAAUCAAGAAUAAUCAGCAGGAUUAAUUCUACAAGUUUUGUCGUUUCAAGAUAA